ACACGUUAUACUGUUACAGACCGACAGCAGUGAUGGCGAAGGAAGGACGUGGUAACUGGAAUAACUGGUAUGAAUUCAUAUUUUCCUGUAUCGGUCUGACCGUCGGAUUGGGAAAUAUAUGGAGGUUUCCAUACAUCUGUUAUAAAAAUGGAGGAGGAGCUUUCCUGAUUCCUUACUUUAUCUUCCUGUUCGUCAUCGGUCUUCCGGAAGUGUUCCUGCAGUUCACGUAUGCGCAGUACUCCAACUUGGGACCCGGAAAAAUAUGGGAAUGUUGUCCGCUAUUCAGAGGUAUCGGCUAUGGGAUGAUAACCCUUACUUGGCUGAUCGGGAUUUACUAUGGUGUAAUCAUUGCAUGGACGCUGUAUUACUUCGGGAUGUCCUUCUCUGCCACCCUUCCCUGGGCCACGUGCGAUAACCCCUGGAACACGCCCUCUUGCUACAUCAGAGGGGCUAACUCGGCCCUUAACGAAACAGUUAACAGAACAAUGAACGGAACCGUCACUACAGCCCUGACUAUUGUUACUAACGGAACAAACGUCACAGCGAGAACACCACCUGAGGAAUUUUGGGAACGUCACGUAUUGGAAUUGACAGACAGCAUUGAAGAUUUGGGUUCAAUCCGCUGGCAAUUGGUGUUAUGUCUGUUAGCAACAUCCAUCACAGUCUUCCUUUGUCUGGCCAAAGGCAUUAAAUCUUCUGGCAAGGUGAUGUACGUAGCGGCCACGGUUCCAUACCUGUUCCUGUUGACCCUGCUCAUCAGAGGUCUGUUUCUGCCGGGAGCGUUGGACGGACUCAAGUUUUAUCUUAUACCCAGAUGGGAGCGUCUAUUGGAUUUUAAUGUUUGGGUUGAUGCUGCUGUUCAGACAUUUUUCUCCGCCAGUAUUGGAAUGGGAGCCCUUAUCGGUUUGGCAAGUUUCAACAAAUUCAGCAAUAAUCAUUAUAGGGACGCCCUGAUAGUGCCAGUGCUGGAUGCCGUGACCAGUAUGUUCGCUGGCUGUACUAUAUUUGUCACCCUGGGUUACAUGGCUAACCAAGCUGGCGUGGACAUAGAGAAAGUCGUGGAACAAGGUCCGGGUAUUGCGUUCAUGGUUUACCCUGAGGCAUUGUCUACACUUCCGCUUCCUCAAUUGUGGUCUGUCCUCUUCUUCAUCAUGUUAUUUACUGUCGGUCUUGACAGCCAGAUUGUACAUAUACAACUAGUGGCGGUGGGUUUAAUGGACAGAUUUAAGAUAUUCAGGGACCACGAGACACUCACCAUGGCCUUCCUUAACCUCCUCUCCUUCAUCAUCGGCCUCAUCUUUGUUACACAGGGUGGUAUGUACGUACUACAGCUGGUAGAUUGGUAUGUGGCCAGUAUAUCUACCAUGUUCCUCGCCUUCCUGGAGGUUACCGCAUUAGCUUACUUCUACGGUGUUAAUCGGUUAUAUAAAGACAUAGAGAUGAUGCUGGGUUACAAACCAUGUCCAGGAUGGAAGGCCUUCUGGUUGGUGAUUACUCCAUUAAUGGUCUUGGUGUUGUGGCUUGUCAGUGUUUCUCAACAUAAAGCAGUUUCCUAUGGCAAAAGCACUUACCCUGAUUGGUCAAUAGGUAUUGGAUGGGUAAUCGCUAUUGCCCCCCUUAUCCCCAUACCGAUCAGCGCCAUCUGGACGAUUUGUGAAGGACAAGGCUCGAUAAUCGAUCGGUUACGUGAUGCUGUGAAACCAACGACUCUAUGGAAACCUGCUGAAGACUGCCGAGAUGAAUGGCAAUGCCAGAGGCAGACGCUAACUGCUGAUAUCGUCAUGCAGCCGAUAUGAGGUUUUAGGGUUUAUAUUAGACAAUCUAUUCUAUUUCUGAUUCUGUGUUCAAAAUAAAGAAAUAAUCGAAUUAAGAAAAAUUCAAAAUCGAGGACGUCAAACGGACCAGAUCAGAUAAUGAUAUCUGCCAACAAACCAAAACCAAAGGAAAGUUGUUAUGAAGAUAUCACGUGGUCUUGGUUCCUAAAUUUAUAAAUGUGAUAUGGACUGACCGGGAAGAGAUUGUGAGCAUGUCCUAGGUACAUGUAAUUGGACCUCCAAGAUAAUUUGGGGAAGCACUUGGUCGCCAAUUUCUCAGUGGAACAAUAUUUUGUUGUGAACCAGAAGUUGUAUAUCAAAUUUUCAAAAUUCAUUUUGACAAUCAUUACUACUUAAGUACACAUACAACGUUGUGAAGAUGGCGUAAAUCACAAUAAUAUGUUUCCAUGUCUUAUUUGACGUUUUUAGAUCAAAACAAAAAUCUGGCAAAAUAUGGAAUAAGUCAAAUUUCUGAUAUUUAAUUAUUCUCUGUUUAUUUACCCUUUCCAUGUAUGUAACGAUGCUUUGUUAAGCUAUGUUAUGAUAGAUUGCUGUUACACGCCUUAUGCAAUCAUGGCUAGUCUUUAUCAAUGAAUAAUAUAUAUUUUCUAAAGUUAUAUUAUUUGCCGAAUCCAUUGAUUACAAUUUGGAUCGAAUUUAUGUGAAUUUGAAUUCCUCAUAGAUAUUUAGCAUGGAAUUAAUUUAUUACUAUUUGACUCUAGUACAGUAAUGUUACAAAUAUUCUCCAAUGAAGAAAAGAAUAUAAAGUGCUUUCAGCAGGAUUUCAGUGACAACAGAAUAUUUCCUUUGCCAAAUAUCGAUUUCUUUGUACCGGUAUUGAUGAUGUCGAUGACAGAUAUGUAGGUUGUAAUGAUGUUAAUGGAGUAUAUUCAUAUUAAAAAGAAGAAGUAAUAUCUACCCCAAGUCAAUAAAACAAGGUCAAUAAAACAAGGGCAAUUAACAGCAAUAUAUAGAUUUACAUUGAGGCCCUUUAAAUAGUAAAAAGAGAAGCGACCAUGUGUUCCAGACGAGGAAGCGUCCUGUGCUUCAUCAAAGACACCGCUAUGUAAAUCCAUGCCUAUGUCCUGUCCUCAAAAUCAGAGCCAUAUGAUGAAAAGGUUAGGACAUGUUAGGUAAUAUGAUAAAAAGUGCAGAUCAGAAAUCGCAAACCUGAUAACACACGAAGAAAAUAAUUUUUAACGAAUCUCAAUUUUAUAUUGUUAUAUUUCUAUAGCGUAUUUACAAAGGUGUUUGAUCUCAAUAUGUGUAUACGUAUAUCUCAUAAUUAUAGAUAAAUAAAAUGAUAUUCAUCUUUCAAAAGUGUAUACAUUCUUUCAAUUGUAAAUUUCAAGAGAUAAAUUGAAUAAGUAAGAAGUACUAUUGGUUUUAAACCGAUGCGCAAAUAUACCAGAAAAAAAGAAAGAAAUUAAAGAAUUUUGGUUAAAACCAACGAAUACAGCACGAGCUUUGUAAAACAAAAAAACUUCCGUUGAUAACGUUCAUACAUAUUAUUUAACUAGUAUUUCGAAAUGUUAGAAGUUACCUGAUUAAAUACAUACCCUUUACUGCCAAGUGUUCUGUUAACAUAUGAUUCCAAUGAAACACAUUGAGUUUAUGAAAGGUGCGAUAGAAUGCUGCAUGUAUAAGGGUAGAUGGAUAGCAGUGUUAUUUUGUGUACGGGUGUCCUUAAGAGAUUGUAUAUAUUUAUGACUACAUGUACAUAAGAGUGAGUGUAUGGAUGUAGUGUAUCACAUACAUGUAUGUAAUGUUCGAUGUUGUUUUCUAUAUUUAAUUUGUUCAAGUUUGUUUUGAAUAUGUGUUAAAUCCACUUAUAAUAUUUGUGAAUUUAGAAACGUCAUUUAUAAGAAGGAGAAAAAACACUUCUAAAAUUUCAUUUGAUUGAGCAUUUUGGUAUACAAAGUGUAUAUACAGAUUAUCUAUAUGAGCACUCGUUCUGUUGUCCUUUCAUCUGGUAAUUCUUCAAACGAUCAGACAAUUUUAGGUAACUGCAAAUUGUACGAUUCGUGGGUUAAAUCUUCACAUUAAAUCAACUUUGACUACAAUAAAUAGUUGGUGAAAUUUUAUUGAUUUAUUAAAAACCGAAAACAAACUUAAAUCCAAUAACAUCAUCUUUUACGUUUACUCAUUGUAGAUUUGUGUGGUGUAAAGAAACUGCCAUUAACAGCUUGAUAUAAAUGACCAGAAUUGGUCGAUAUGCUGAAGUUGUUUUUAAAUUCAUAUUUCGGGAUAUUGUUUAUUACAAAAUCCACGUUUUAAGGUGCUUUUCACUUGUGUCUUUUCUACAAUUCUUUGAACCAAUGGUCAUCAGAACGUUUAGUUCCUCCUCGUGAUUUUGCUAAUGGUAAAAGCUUUUGAGGACAGAGAUGUAAUUCUUUUAUGCAAUGGUCAUCAGAACGUUUAGUUCAUCCUAGCGAUUUACUAAUGCUAAACGCUUUUUGAGGACAGACGUAAUUCCUUUGAUGCAAUGGUCAUCAGAACGUUUAGUUCAUCCUAGUGGUUUUACUAAAGUUACCCUAUAUGCAAGUCUUUAAAGACAACGUGUAUGUGUGUUUGAAAUAUUUUAUUUGUAAUGGAUUUUUCACUGUUAGAUAUCAAUGGUGCACUCAGUCAAUACGAUGAGGUUAACAAAGCAUAAUAAUUAACGAAACUGCUGUCUUCUAAUGCUAUUAAAAAAAACUUGUUUCAGUAAAUAUUUAGUUUAUGUAUGUUUCACCAAGUGCUAUACAAGUCAUGUGUUAUUGUUCCAGAUAAAAUGAUAUAUGUAAACAUUGAACACGAAGUCUUUAAGUGCUAUACGAAGAUGCAUGUAGGUGUGUGAGAGUGAGCAUGUUUGUAAGGAUAUUUAUAGGUGACAAAUUGUCUGUUAAACGUUUUAAUAUGAAUUUAAUCUUACGAAUCUCAUUGUUUGUGACAAAGGGUUUUAACUUAUUUUAUUCAUAUUAUAAUUGAUGUCUUAUCUUAUUACAAUAUGGUGCCGCAGGAUUUUUUUUGUCCCAGUUUUGUUCUCUCAAAUUAUUGCUUUUCAUGCUGCCUGGUUUUUAUAAUACACAUAAACAAACAAAAAUGCAUUGUUCUCCAUAUCCUGUUCUCCAUAUCCUGUUCUCCUUAUCCUGUUUACAGUAUCAUUAAACAGACAGAGUUAGUAACAGCGCAGACACGAGACCAUUCCUUUUUUUCUCUCUGGAUUUUUGAAAUAAUUUAAAUGACCAUCGUUUCUGAUCGAAGUUUUUACCGAAGUAUGCUGUAUAAUAUUCUUAAAAACACAAACGAAUUGCAAUUCUUUAGAAUAUACCGGUACUAACGUAUUUGAUUUUUUUAAAUUGUCAAACGCGUGUAUCCCAAUCUUACCAAAUAUGAUGGCUUACGAAGUUCAUGUGAAUUAUCUUCUAUAUCUUAAAAUUUUGGACGAAUUUAAUUUUCCUAAUAUCCUUUCUGGAUUUCCAAUAUUUUGUCCCCCUAGCGGCACCGAUGAGUCCUAAAAUACACCACAGCAGUUUGAUGCUUAUAUUCAUUAUUCGACAUAAACCCUAUCUAUUUUAAAAGUACAACUCGGUCAUACAAGAGGCAAUCCGGGUAAUUUCUAUGUGAACAAAUGACUAGUCUACACUAUCUUUGAUCUCGUGUUACUGCCACGUUUAUCAAUCGUCAAUAUUUGUUUUAGAACAAGAACAUAUUUAUCAUCAUGGAACACGUUGCCGUGUUAUAUUUCGUGUCAAACACACAAUUUUGGACUUAUAUAUACAAUGUAUAUAUUAAUUAUCAGGGUUAUGUGUAGUAUAAUAACAACUUUAUCAUUUUAUUUUCAUUUAUCAAAAUUAAUUGGAAUUUUUAUACAUUUGUUGACACCGUUUGCACAAUAUUAGACAAUUAUAAUUCUUCAUGUGCCAAACCUCUCUCACAAGAUAAUAAUGCUAAACCCUAACAUUUACCCGAUAGUAUAUAUAUAACAAAAUGAAUAAACACAACACGUAAUCUUUCGCAUGCGCAUGCUACGUGCUGUUCUAAUUUGUUUGAUGUAUAACACCUGCUCAAGGUAGAGGAUUCACGAUAUUUGCUCCCAAAACAUCGGCUGUUUUAAUUGAUAUAACUCGAAAAUGUGUAACGAAAAACUUUCUAUUGCCUUUAGUUUAACGCGAGAAAUUUGUGUAUGUUAAAAAUCGCUAGGUUAUUAUUAUCGGCACGAUAAUAAUGCUAAAUCGAUAAUAAUGUUUAUCGAUAAUAAUGUUUACCAAUAAUAAUGUUUAUCGAUAAUAAUGUUUAGCGAUAAUAAUGUUUAUCGAUAAUAAUGUUUACCGAUAAUAAUGAUUACCGAUAAUAAUGUUUACCGAUAAUAAUGUUUAGCGAUAAUAAUGAUUACCGAUAAUAAUGUUUACCGAUAAUAAUGUUUAGCGAAAACAAUGUUUAUCGAUAAUAAUGUUUACCGAUAGUAAUGUUUAUCGAUAAUAAUGUUUACCGAUAAUAAUGUUUAUCGAUAAUAAUGUUUACCGAUAGUAAUGUUUAUCGAUAAUAAUGUUUAGCGAUAAUAAUGUUUAGCGAUAAUAAUGUUUACCGAUAAUAAUGAGUAGGCGGAAACAAUCGUCAAUAUCCCGAAUAACGAUUAUGACAGUUAAAAAAAACAAAAACAGAACAAAACGAUAAGUGGAAGGUGUUUUUUAAAACUAAUUCAUUUAACUUGAGAGUGGUUUCCCUGAAAAUGUUUUCACGUGAAUACCGUAUGUCCUUUGCCUUUAAGAGAAACACAUAACCUACAGUGUUAAGAUAUAACAAUAAAAAAAUAACCCCAUACACCAUUUAAGGUUGAAACAAAUGAACAAAUAGCUUUAUGUACUAAAAUGAUGCUAAAUACAAAAAUGUUUACAUUAAGUUGUUUAUUAAUUUUCACGUUUUCUUUUUUUACCUCUUGCUUUCUGCUCUGCCCAAUAUCUUUAUUUUUUAACCAUUAACAUAUAUAUCAUCUCCCUGUCUCUUAUAAAAAGGCUAUAACAUCUAUUUCACAAAUACAAAUAUGUUAUUAGAUUUCCGUGAAGAAUCUCGUAAUGUUAAAUAUUAUUUUUAUGCAAGCGUGUUCUAAUCUUAUUUCAAAAUAUUAAAAUAACAGCUAGGAACUGCCUCAUUCCUGGUGGUUAUCAAACUUUAAGGCAUUAAUAUCACCAAGCAGCUGAAGAACUUGAUGCUUUAUAGAAACUUUUGUUGAUAUUUGACAACACCUUCAGUGAUUAUUUAUACAAAUUAUCAAUUAUUGAAAAACAUAUUUUAUUAUGAAGUGGUUUCAUUUAAGUUUUAUUUUUGCUCAAAUAUUAGAUAUCUGUUAUAAACAAACACAUGAAAUAAAAUGAAAUAAAAUUU